CCCCGUGUAAAACCGCCCUAGUUCCUGUCUGUGUCCCUCAUUAGCUCUGUGCGGCAGCAGCGGGGCGGAGCGGCUGCGUUUUAUUCAUUUAUAAGUAAAUAUACACCAAUUACCCCCUGGAUUUACAUUUAUUUGAAAAGAUGCCCUCAGCUACAGCCGGCGGCAAGACAGGCCAGAUGUCAAAUAUUGACUCGGCACAGCCGUGUAAGUCUCAGCAGCCGCAACCGCCGAGCAGUACGGUGUCUGUCCAGACCGAGGCCAUGAAACAAAUUUUGGGUGUCAUUGAUAAGAAGCUACGAAACCUAGAAAAGAAAAAGGGUAAACUGGAUGACUACCAGUCAAAACUAAACCGGGGAGAGCAUCUCAAUCAGGAUCAGUUGGAUGCAGUGUCAAAGCACCAAGAAGUGGUCAAUCACCUAGAGUUUGCUCGAGAACUUCAGAAGAAUUUUCUGGCGCUCGGCCAAGAUAUUCAGAAAACUAUUAAAAAGGCAGCUCGACGUGAGCAGCUGAUUCGAGAGGAAGCAGAGCAAAAGCGAUUAAAGACUGUCCUUGAACUGCAGUACAUCUUAGACAAGCUUGGUGAAGAUGAUGUAAGGAAUGAUCUGAAACAGGGCUUGAAUGGUUCUCCAAUCGUAUCUGAGGAGGAGCUGUCACUUUUGGAUGAAUUCUAUAAACUCCUUGAACCUGAGAAAGACACUAACUUGAGGUUGUGUGAGCAGUUUGAAGAAGCAUCUGUGCAUUUGUGGAGUUUGUUGGAGGGAAGAGACAAGUCUGUGUGUGGAACAACAUAUAAAGCACUUAAAGACCUUGUUGAGAGGAUAUUACAAAGCAACUAUUUUGACAGUCAAAGUUCUCAUGAGAAUGGAGUUUGUGAAGAGGAGGAGGUAGUGUCUACAACUCCAGCUGUAGUCGAAGACCAACCAUUAGAAACGGAACCUGAAGUAACAGAAGAAUUCAGUGAACCAUGCAUGGUAGAAUCCACAGAGUUUGUCAACAGACAGUUCAUUGCAGAAACACAAUUCAGCAGCAGCAGCGAAAAAGAACAGGUAGAAGAGUGGGCAGUGGAAACAGUUGAGGUUGUAAAUUCUCAGCAACAGCCACAAGCUACAACUCCUACACUUCCUGAACCCCAUGUAUUAAAUUCUGUGGCUCCAUCAGACUCCCUGGUUAGAAGGCAGAGAGUACAGGACCUUAUGGCACAGAUUCAGGGCCCAUACAAUUUUAUGCAGGAUUCAGUGUUGGAAUUUGAGAGUCAAACAGUGGAUUCAGCCAUUGUUUCCGCACAACCUUUGAACUCCUCACAAAAUAUCGACAUGCCGCAGAUGGUUUGCCCGCCAGCCGUACAUAGUGAGUCCAGACUUGCCCAGACCAGCACAGUAUCUGCACAGCCAGAAGCCACACAGGUUGCAUUAGUAUCAUCAACAUCUGAAGGCUAUACAACACCACAACCAAUGUACCAGUCCUCUCAUACAACAGAACGACCGCAGAAAGAUUCCAUUGAUCCCAUCCAGGCUUCUUUAUCCUUGGCAGCUGAUCAGCCCCCAGCAUCUACAGCACUUCCUACUGCAGCUCCUUCACAGGUUUUCCAACCCCCAUCGAGCAAGCCUCUCCAUAGUAGUGGAAUUAAUGUCAAUGCAGCACCAUUCCAGUCCAUGCAGACAGUGUUUAACAUGAAUGCUCCUGUACCUCCAAUCAGUGAAACAGAAGCCCUAAAACAACCAAGUCAGUACCAGACAAAUUAUAACCCAGGUUUCUCCAACCAGCCUCCACACCAAGUAGACCAGCCAGAUCUUCCACAAGACCAGCUUCAAACUGUGGUAGGCGCAUAUCACCCUUCACAAGAUCAAGGUCAUGCAGUUGCUGGAACACAUCAGCAGUCUGCACAACAAGGUGGUGGAUUCCCACGUCAGAAUCAACCCUACUAUGGUAAUCGGGGUGUAGCACGUGGUGGUCCACGUAAUGCGCGUGGCAUGAUGAAUGGAUACAGAGGACCUUCCAAUGGUUUUAGAGGUGGUUAUGAGAGUUUCCGUCCUCCUUUUUCAAACACUCCUAAUAGUGGUUAUAAUCAGUCCCAGUUUAAUGCUCCUCGUGAUUUUACGAACAACUACCAGCGGGAUGGAUACCAACAAACAUUUAAACGUGGCUCUGGACAAGGUGGACCUCGGGGCACCCCUCGAGGUCGUGGAGGGGCCACCAGGUCAACUAGAGGAAUGCCUGUUAUGAAUGCACAACCGGUGAAUUGAACUGGACUUCUUAUAUUGUCUUGUAUUAUAAUGUAAUGGCCAAAGAGCUACCAAAGGAGUUAAAACUGUUUACUUUCAUGUUCAAUUACUGUACAUAAAUGCAGAAGGAUGAUACAUUUCUUGUUAUUUCUACAGUGCCAAAGGCACAGCCUAUACAAGAUUUCUCUCCCUGGUUCAUAUGAGUGUUUUUGGUGCAUUUCACAAGAUUUUGGACAUCCUGUCAUUUUCUAAAGAAAAAUUUGACAUCCCUCCAGCACUAAAUUGUUGUAUUUCAAAUGUCGGGAUUGCUGUUCACUGACUUUUGCCUUUUUAAGGUAAUGAUUGAAAAGAAGCAGAAAUUGCACACCUUAGUUUCCAUUUAACCAAAAUUUACAGAAUAUUGAAUCUGCACAAAAUUUCCUUAAAUGUUUACUGCUCUGAUUACUAUUACUGCACAGAGUUUAACUGCAUGUGUAAGAACUAACUAUUUGAAGCUGUCACAUGCUGAUGGUGCUGUUCAGGUUCAUUAAUAUGCUGUAUUUUUUUUGCCACCAAUGUACCUGCAACUUGGCACUAUCCUGUCAUAAUGACCUUUCAGGAUAUCUGUUAAAACAAUAGAUAGUGUGUUACCUGUUCUUUUUUUUUUUUCUCUACAUCCGGCUAAUGUUAAUUCAACUGUACUACAGAGUAUAUAACCUCCCCAGUACCUGCAUACACAUUUCAGAGCUCACAUCAGGGCUUACAAAGUUAGAGAACUAAAGGAGCUAAUCGUCUUCUACAAAAAUAUUGAUCAUGUAUACAAAAUGAAUAAAACUUUUUUUUAAAUAUAAAA